AUGGCAUGGGAAUCAAUUGCCGCCACAAAAAGACAGGCGCUCAAGGCCUCUAUUCCGGCCGAAUGGGUGAUCCCUCCUAGGAUCUUUCCCCCUGACGCCCAGCUAGAUGUGACCACUUUCCCCCAGGAAUCUGGAUUUUUUACUAAACACGAACUAGAGAUUACCUCUACUCCUGCCCUUGAGAUCGUAUCUAAUCUGUCUUCGGGGUCGUGGACAUCAGAGGAGGUGACAAAGGCAUUCUGUAAAACUGCAGCUGUAGCUCAGCAACUGACAAACUGCCUGACAGAAAUCCUCUUCGACGAAGCCAUCAUGCGCGCAAAAGACCUUGAUACCUAUUUCCAACAAACCGGCAAGCUAAAGGGCCCCUUGCACGGUCUGCCUAUUUCUAUAAAGGACAACUUCAAUAUUGUUGGCCAUGACUCUACUAUCGGGUUUACAUCACUCGUCGACAAGCCUGCUAUCUAUAAUAGUACAGUUGUUGAUAUCCUUCUGGAAGCCGGCGCGGUACUCUACUGCAAGACCAAUGUACCAACUGCUAUGAUGAUCACAGAGUCUGUGAAUAAUAUAUUUGGCCGCACAGUUAACCCGCGGAAUCGCAGCCUCACCACUGGGGGAUCGACUGGUGGCGAAGCUGCCUUGAUUGCAUUUGGUGGUAGUCGGAUUGGUGUCGGAAGUGAUAUUGGUGGCUCCCUCCGUAUGCCCGCUGCCUGUACCGGUCUCUUCACCCUCCGUCCCUCCUGCGGGCGCUUUCCCAACUCCCUGGCACGCGCCUGUCUCGAAGGCCAGGAAUCGGUGAGUGGCGUUACUGGCCCAAUUGCCAAAACGCUAGACGAAAUUGCUUUCUGGGCUAGGGCUAUUAUCAGCCAACAGCCCUGGAUUCGCGACCCGAAGUGUCUCCCUAUUCCCUGGGAAUCAACGGAGAUCAAUAAGAAGACUGUCAAAAUUGCUAUUCUCUGGACUGACGGAUUUGUUACUCCAACACCCCCUGUUGCUCGUGCACUCAAGGAGACUGUGCAGAGAUUAGUGGAAGCUGGUCACGAGGUUAUUACCUGGGCACCGACUGAUCACUUGGAAAUUCUUAGUCUGCUUGGGCGCAUGUUUCUUGCAGAUGGAGGGAAGUCUGUACGGGAGCUCCUUGAGCCAACGGGGGAACCAUUCCGGCCAGAAAUGAAGCCAUAUGAGGACGCAAAGGAAAUGAGUGUAUAUGAUCUAUGGCAGAUGCAUAGGAGUCGCAACGCCCUCUGCAAAUCUUACCUAGAUCGGUGGAAUGACACGGGAAUCGAUGCCCUUCUUUGCCCGACUACGCCAUAUAGCGGCGUUGAAAACGGUAAAUUCGCUUAUGCCGGGUAUACAUGUGUUUGGAAUCUUCUUGAUUAUCCGGCCGUUUCGUUCCCCUGUGGUGUCAGGACUGACAAGGCUAUUGAUACGCCGUAUGUCAAGCAUCAGGCAUUGAGUGACAUGGACGCGCAGAUUCAGAAGGAUUAUUUCGCCGAGUACGUGCAUGGCAUGCCGGUUAGCCUGCAACUGGUGGGCCGCAAGCUCCAAGAGGAACGUUUGUUGGCUAUGACGGAUCUCGUACUGAAGGCUGUCACGCCAUAA